AUGGCUCCUCGUUAUGAGCUUGCGGUUGGUAUGAAACGUGGUCACAAGACCACAAAAAUCGAGAGGGUCGGUAAAGUCAGUGGUAAAGAACUAUCAGCCAAAAGCGAAAAGCUCAGACAAGCCCGCACCAAAGGCCGUUUGACUAAGCACAACAAAUUCAUCAGAGAUGUUGUAAGGGAAGUUAUGGGUCAUGCACCAUUUGAAAAGAGAGCCAUGGAAUUGUUGAAGGUAUCCAAAGACAAGCGUGCAUUGAAAUUCUUGAAACGACGAUUGGGAACACACAUUCGCGCCAAGAGGAAGCGUGAAGAACUCAGCAACAUUUUAUUGCAAAUGAGAAAGGCACAAGCUACCCACACAAAAUAA